ACGAAUCCUGAUGUGAGAAGUUUUACUCUCCGCAAGCCAGCGCCGGAUUUGGGAUUUCGCCCGGACAACUUGGAAUAGCGGCGUCGGAUUUGGACCACUUUUCCUCCCCCCCUUUUUUUUUUUUUUUUUUUGUUUUUAAUUUUGUCGCGCACCAUGUCCAAUUCUUGCGUGCAGCUGUGUGGCUUUCUGCUCAGCUGCCUGGGCUGGCUGGGCAUCGCGAUCGCCACGGCCACCAACGACUGGGUGGUCACGUGCAAGUACGCCCCGCACACCUGCAAGAUGAUGGAGCAGCUGGGCGUCAGGGGGCCGUGGGCCGAGUGCGUCCUCUUCACCGACCUCUACCAGUGCUCCACGUACUUGCAGAUCCUCGACCUGCCCGUCUACAUCCAGACGACCCGUGCCCUGAUGGUCACGGCCUCCAUCCUGGGCCUGCCCGCCCUCGGCUUGCUCCUCAUGUCCAUGCCCUGCAUCCGCCUGGGCGACGAGGCCCAGGCCUCCAAGAACAAGCGCGCCGCCAUCGGCGGCUUCGUCAUGAUCGUCGUCGGACUGUGCGGGCUGGUGCCCACCGUGUGGUUCCCCAUCGGCGUGCAGCCCAGGGAAGAUCUGCUGUCGUUCGGCUUCUCGCUGUACGCCGGCUGGGUGGGCGUGGUCUUGUCCCUUUUGGGCGGCGCCAUCCUGACCUGCUGCUCCUCGCCGGCGUCGCCCCGCCCGUACCAGGACAACAACCACUUCUACUACUCCAAGUCGGGUGUGGACAACGUGCCGGCAGCCGCCCCCGCGGCCAAAGCCGCCUCUUCCAACCACGCCAAGAGCGCCCACGUCUGAUGGACCUUUGAGUUUCCUAAGCGUCCAGGUUUUUUUCAGGGCGAGAGCCUUUGGACUUCCUCUCCGUGGACAAAUUUUGAUUAAUCAACUAGAAUGUUAAGAAAUGUUGAGAGUCGCCAAGCUGAAACGCCCCCCCAAAAAAAAAUGCUAGUUACUAUAACUGCAGCCCCUCUGAGAAAAAUCCUCGGCCCCAGGCCACCCCCGACUAAAAUUGGUCUAGAAUCGCCACUGUUUGCGGCCGAGGAACUGUGUUGAAGUGAAAAACUUCAUUUUGUCAAUAGAAAAUGUGUUUUGCUGCCAUCUUGUGGGAUCUAUAAUCAAUCACAAACAUUUUUGCACGGGUGUGAAUUACUCCCCCGCCCCCCGGAAUUGUUUAGAAUGACCUUUAUAUGAUCCCUUUUCAAAGUCAUCUGACGGCAAACAUUAGCCUUCAAAAUAAAUGCCUUUUGAUAUACAUUCAUUAGAUUUGCUAUGAUAUUUGAGUAUGGUAUAUAUAGAUGAACAUAUCCUUUUACUAACGCACAGUUUUACAUUGUAUUAGGUCAGCUCUCUCAAACGUCGAGUCAGUAUUCCAAGACUCUUUCUUUGCGGCUAUUUAUUGUUUGUAUGCACUCUUGUUUGGAUUUUCGAUAAUAAACGAUUUCACAAAGCAAA